CAAUUCAAUCAUCUUUUGACUUGUAAUACAAAUAUGGUGGUGAUUAUACAUGCAGUGCUGAUUGCUGCUUUGGCUACAGUCGUUUUUGGACAGCCUGGUAUGCCGCCCACAGUCAGUAAAGAUGGUCAAUGUGGACCCAAUAGUGGCAUAUGUCCAUACAACACAUGCUGCUCUAAAUAUGGAUUCUGUGGAGAAUCUAGCGGUCAUUGUGGAGUAGGCUGUCAAAAAGAUUAUGGAAUUUGUUGGGAUGGUGAUAAACCACCCAAAUCAUCAGCACAGCCAAAAGCUAAAUCAUCAGCACCAGCAUCAAAAGCUGACUAUCCAAUUAGUGCAAACAGCCAAUGCGGAGAAGAAUUCGGCACCAGAUGCCCAUACAACACAUGCUGCUCUAAGUAUGGAUUCUGUGGAGAAACUAGCGAUCAUUGUGGAAACGGCUGUCAAAAAGAUUAUGGAAUUUGUUGGGAUGGUGAUAAACCACCCAAAUCAUCAGCACAACCAAAAGCACCAGCACCAGCACCAAAAGCUGACUAUCCAAUUGGUGCAGAUGGUCAAUGUGGAGAAGGAUCUGGCACCAGAUGUCCAGACAGAACAUGCUGCUCUAAGUAUGGAUUCUGUGGAGAAACUAGCGAUCAUUGUGGAGUAGGCUGUCAAAAAGAUUAUGGAAUUUGUUGGGAUGGUGAUAAACCACCCAAAUCACCAG